CUGACCACGUGCUCGCCCUCGCCGUCUACCUGCUGGCGGUCGCCGCUGACCUCGCCACGCCGCAGCGCGCUCAUGACCGUUCAGUAUGUGUGGCGCACAGUGAGGGCGGGUCACGUGCGCGCUGCGUGCGCGGUGUGCCGCUCCUGCGCGCGUUCGCUGGCGGCGCGCUGUGUGACAACGCGCGCACAGUGGUCGCCGCAGUGCCCCCGCUGCACCGCCCACAGGCACGCCCACAUCUCUACCCCAGACACGCCCCCACGUAUCACUCCGAUAGUGAUACGGAAUGGGAGCCGUCAGAAUCAGAGGCGGGGCGAUUGCCUCCGCCCAACAAGUCCGUGUCUUUACCGGCAACUAGUACAGCUUUAGCUGUGCCUACCGCCAUGCAGAUGGCGCGAUUGGUACAUAGAAACUCAGUCCCUGACGACCAAUCAGACGCCGGCGGUGAUUCGACAGAAGUACGAGCAUUAGAGAGUGGAAGUGGAGAAAGUCAAGCCCUGGUGCUGCAGACACUGACCGACUCCGACAUGGACUCUGACAACCAAAUGACCUUAGCAAUACCCACACAGAGUGACCUGGACACACCUCCCGUGCCCAUUGAAUAUGACACAACGGACCCGUUGGAGACGCACUGGCAAGCGCUACCCGCGCCUCCCGCCGCGCCCUCUCCGCCCAUGCCCUCCUCCGCCGACACACAGAUGCAAGUACACAGUCAACCGGACGAAUCUAUUCCAGUGAACGAAUCCAUAAUAUCUUUACUGCUCAAACUGCACUCUCAACUGUCUGGACGACUGGACUCAUUUUCUUUGGAAGAACCAGCACCAGCGUCACAGGAACCUAUCGGCGACGGUCCGUAUUUCAUCGGUCAGGUGCUACGCAAGCUGGCUGCACUGGACGCGCGCUGUGCCGCCGCCGUGCAGCACGUACGUCGCACGCUGUGGCCACACCAGCGCGAGCGGCAGGCGGAGCAGCGAGCCAGAGAGCGUCGUGAGAAGGAGGAGCGUUCUCGACGUGCUCGCGAGCGCCAGCAAGCAGUGAUGCGGGAGUUCGCGCGUCGGCAACAGCAGUUCCUGUCGGCGAUGCGUGCGGAGGCGGGCGACGCCAUGGACUGGGAGGAUGAGCAGCCCGCGCGUGACUACGACUGCGUCAUCUGCAAUACCACCGCCCCCGCCACGCACCACGAUCCGAUCGGACUA